CUCCAAUUCGUUCUAUUUAGCUGUCAAUAAACGUUAAUGUCACUUCAUUACAGUUUAUAUUUGUCAGUGUCAAAUAGGAGUAAAUUUUAGGUGGUUUUGUGUAAAUACCAAUUAAAUUACUCAUAAAAAUAAAUACAAUUUAGUGGUCGUUUGUAGCUUAUUUCGAGUAUUGUUAUUACGCUGAGUUUCUUGUUGAAUAUACAUACUUUAAAUAGUUAAAAGAAAUCACAAAAUGCAAGAUACGAGACCUGAGCUUUAUGAAGAAGUGAAACUGAACAGAAAUGCCAGGGAACGUGAAAAGCACGACAACAUGGCAGAGCUGUAUGCUGUAGUCAGCACCCUACAGCACCUAGAGAAAGCGUACAUGCGCGACUGCGUCCCCGCGCAGGAGUACACUGCGGCGUGCAGUCGACUGCUCGUGCAAUACAAAGUGGCAUUCAAACAAGUGCAGGGCGACGAAUUUCCUAAUAUAGAUGCCUUUGUUGCCAAGUACAGAUUGGACUGCCCAGCAGCAUUAGAAAGAAUAAGGGAGAACAAGCCGAAUCUCAUCAAGGAUGAUAAAGGCAACACUAAUAAAUAUAUUGCUGAAAUUGUAUCUCUAUUCAUAACAUUGAUGGACAAGCUUCGCCUCGAGUUCCACGCGAUGGACAUGAUCCAACCAGAGCUGCGCGACUUACGUGACACCAUGGACCGGCUCAUCAUGCUGCCUGAUCAGUUCGAGGGCAAAUUAAAGGUGCAAGAGUGGCUGGACAAGUUGUCGGAAAUGUCCGCAUCGGACGAGCUCUCCGAGGCGCAGGUGCGUCAGCUGCUCUUCGACCUGGAGACGUCGUACGGCGCAUUCAACAAGUUCCUGCACAAGGACUAAAUGUACUGCUCAUUACUUUAUACAAAUGAUGCCGCUGUAGAGUGCUGUUUAUAAUCCUACAGCAUGGGCGGCGAGUUCCCUCGUACAUAAAUCCAUGUAUAUUAUAUUUAAGUUAUUACUAUAUUAAAUGUUUUAUAGCACGUAA